CCAAUUUCUAACAAAGUAUCAUAAGCUGCAAUGGAGCUCGCCGAUCAAACACAAAAGUUUUCUACAAACAGGUUAAUGGGAAAAGUUGCUGUAAUAACCGGUGGUGCAAGAGGAAUUGGAGCUGCCACGGCAAAAGUAUUUGCAGAAAAUGGUGCCCAUAUUGUCAUUGCGGACAUACUAGAUGAACUGGGAACUACUCUGGCUGAUUCAAUUGGAGGUCGGUACAUACAUUGCGAUGUGAGCAAUGAAUCAGAUGUGGAAUUGGCUAUCCAACUCGCAAUUACAUGGAAAGGGCAAUUAGACAUAAUGUUCAAUAAUGCUGGAAUUUCUGGCCCUGAUGGCAGCAUCACCAAUCUUGACAUGAACCAACUGAAUUCUCUGCUAUCAGUUAAUGUGAAUGGAAUUGUACACGGAAUCAAGCACGCGGCAAGGGCAAUGAUCAAUGGUGGAAGAGGAGGCUGUAUCCUUUGCAUGUCGAGCUCUGCAGCCCUAAUGUCAGGCCUUGGAUCACACGCUUACUCAAUGUCGAAAGAGGCCAUCGUUGGAUUGGCAAGAACCACAGCGUGUGAGUUGGGUGUGUAUGGAAUUCGGGUGAAUUGUAUAUCUCCUCAUGGUGUUCCUUCUGAGAUGCUUAUCAAUGCCUAUAGAAAGUUCCUUAAGAAAGUGGACAUGAAGGGUGAAGAAGUGAGCGAGAUAAUAUCCGAGAGAGGAAGUUUACUGCGUGGGAGAUGUGGAAGAUUUGAAGAUGUGGCACAAGCUGCAUUGUUUCUAGCCAGUGAUGAUGCCGGAUUCAUAACCGCACAUAAUCUUGUUAUGGAUGGAGGUUAUACUUCUGCUUCGACUUCCAUGAGUUUUAUUUACCAUUAAUACUCACUAA